GAAAAAUAAAUCUUGUGCUGUAAAAAGCUUGGCUGCCCAGGAAUAUUGGAACGUUUUGGCGACGAAAUUCUGGUUUUGUGAUACGGUGACUCAAAAAUAUGCAGGUUUUGUGUCUGAAGUUCCAGCUAGCAACAUCAAGAUGCAGGUUGCAGAUGCCAGACCUUUUGCGAGUAAUAUACAUUAUCAUGUAUUGCGAAGGUCCCAUCAUCACGUGAAAUAAGAAAAGUUAAACAUGCCCCAGCUCGGAUGUUUUUAAAUAGUUAAAUUCUUAAAGGUUUCUGUGAUAAUUUUAAGUUAAUAUCUGAACCUAAUGAAUAUGCGAGAACAGCUUUAUAUAUAAUUCUCGAAACAGUUUUAAACUAUAGUUUAACAAGUGUUUACAAACAAAAUUUUAGUUUAUUCAGUUAUGAAGUUGGAAAUUACGCAUAUUGAGCAUAUUUAUAAGAUCAAAUAUGCCAGUUAAGUAACUUUUCAUUGCAUUGUGAUAAUCUAAUUUUGCUGUUAUGUGAACUGAUGGCACACAAAUUUAAAGUGAAGUGUUACAUUGAAGCUUUCAUACGUUUACAUCUGGAGUGACUGUCCUUACCAUACAAUGAGAGGAAUAAUAUCAGAGAUUUUCCUUUCUCAUGUUUGCUGAUUCACUUGAUAACAUAAUUUGAUUUAAUAUGAAAGUGAAUAUCGUAAAAACGCAUCCCUUAUGUAAUAGAAAUUGUAUUUCAAAUAUAUUUUAAAUAUUUUUGUUUGUGCUCUGUCUUUAUGUUGUUUUCAAGUUUUAAACACAAUUCUAAUUGUAUGUUUUUGUCGUAGACAAAUAAAGUUGUUUGAAUGAACCCCUAUUUUCAGUGUUAAAAUGAGGUGCAUUGAAUGGUGUGUUCUGUCAUUUACUUUGUGCUUGCUGAUAGCCAGUGGAGUAAUUGUUGUGCUAGGGUUAGUCAUGUUCACUUACCAAGUUAGAAUAACAUAAAAUUGGCUGUUGAGACGUAUGUACCUGAUGUGUUGUCAGUGGAUCAUUCAAGAGAGUUCUGGAGUUUUGAUUUUUUCUAUAUCGGCAGCACACUUCAACAGCACUGGCUACAUGAAAAAGCAGCAAUAGAGAUUAACACAGAAUGGAAUGUUAUUAUUUACUGAAAGUGUGGUUAUACUGCUUUUUAAUUUCAUUAUGGUAGUUAUAUGAAGGAUUUUGUGUAGAUAUGGGAAACCAUUUCGUGAUUUGUUUUUGUACAGAAACUGCUCUGACAGCAGCCACAUGAGAAGUCAAAACAGGAACAUCUUUUUGAAGAAUGGUUCAGUGGUGGAUGCUGCUGUUGCAACUCUGAUCUGUAAUGGAAUGGUAAACAGCCAAAGCAUGGGACUGGGUGGUGGAUUUAUGAUGACACUGUACUUACGUGAGAGCCAGACAGCUAUUACACUAAAUGCAAGGGAAUCUGCCCCUUUGAGGUCUGAACCUGAUAUGUUUAAUGAAGACAGUGAUAAGUCAAAGAAUGGUGUGCUGGCAGUUGGAGUACCAGGGGAGCUGAAAGGCUACUGGGAUGCUCAUCAAAGAUAUGGGCGGUUGACUUGGGAGGAAGUUAUAAUGCCAACCAUUAGCAUUUGUGAGGAGGGAUACAUCAUGAGCAAGCAUCAGUCAGACUCCCUUGACAUUAGGGCUGAAUACAUUCACAAGGACCCGAUACUCAGGGAAGUAUUUGUUAAUCCAAAGACUGGAAAGUUCUUCCGACCAGGGGAACGGAUCAGACCAAAGAAAUUCUGUGAAACGCUUAAAAUUAUUGCCAAAAAUGGUGGCAAUUGUUUAUAUAAUGGAAGUUUAGCCAAAGUAUUUGUCUCAGAUAUCCAGGAGAUGGGUGGAAUCAUCACAGAAGAGGACAUGGCUAGUUAUAGAGUGAAAUGGGAUGAGCCUAUAACAGUAAAUCUCCAAGACAAAAUGACACUGUUCAGUACUCCACCUCCAGGCAGUGGUAUUCUCCUGGGCUUCGUCCUCAAUAUCCUUGAUGGAUACAAUUUUACCUCAGAGAGUAUCAGAGAUACCAACAGUACCAUUUUGACAUAUCAUCGUAUUAUUGAAGCCUUCAAAUUUGCCUAUGCAAGAAGAACUGAACUAGGAGAUGGAGACUUUGUAAAUAUUACAUAUUUAUUGCAUACUUUAGAAUCAAAAGAUUAUGGAAAUAAAAUUCGUGAGAGUAUAGAUGACAAUAGAACUUACACAGACCCUGGAUAUUACGGUGCAGUAAAUUACAGUGUGGAUGACCAUGGAACAGCUCAUGUUUCUAUUAUAGCCCCUAAUGGAGAUGCGGCUUCCAUCACUAGUACUGUAAAUAUAUAUUUUGGAGCGGGGGUCACAUCACACAGAACCGGAAUAAUACUAAACAGCGGCAUGAAUGACUUCUCAAUCCCAAAGGCAAAGAGCUAUUUUGGAAUACCAUUUUCAUCAGCAAAUUCUAUCACACCAGGCAAACAUGCUGUCUCAUCAAUGUGCCCAUCUGUGAUUGUAAAUGGAAAUGGAGAUGUACGAUUAGUCAUUGGUGGCUCAGGAGGAACAAAGAUAACAACAGCUGUAGCUUUUGUAAUAAUGAGAAUUCUAUGGUUUGGUGAAGGCAUCAAACAAGCUGUUGAUGCUAGUCGAAUACACCAUCAGAUAUUCCCCAUGGAAGUAGCUUAUGACUAUGGAGUUCUAGAUCAAAUAGUAAAGGGAUUGGAGAAACUUGGACAUAAAACAGAUCGUAUCCGAGAUAGAGGAUCGAUUAUUUGUGCUCUGUUCAAGCUGGGAAACAUGAUUACUGCCAAUGCUGACUUCAGGAAAGGAGGAGAUGUGUUUGGUAUUGACUGACUGAAUUAUAUCAGAUAUAGAAGAAAAAAUCUGAACAAGAAGGUAGACUUGAUGUUUGAUGCAGCUAAAUUCAGUGUGUAGCCCUGAGAAGGAAUUGCAUUGUUACUUUUAACUUUUUGUUAUCUCAAUAAAUAGAUUUAAUUUGAAGUAACCCUA